AUGUCCGUGCACGCAGUGGAUUCUCUUGUUAAGAAGUUGAAAAAGAAAAAAGUUGGCCAGGGCACCAUUGAGGAUCUUGAGUUUGCGCUUGCUAAUCCGGGAUCGCACAGUAAAUGUGUUACAAUACCGCGAUCGCUGGACGGCAGACUCCAGGUUUCGCAUCGAAAAGGCCUUCCUCAUGUGAUAUAUUGUCGAGUAUGGCGCUGGCCCGAUUUACAGUCACAUCAUGAACUUAAACCGCUGCCUGAUUGUUUAUAUCCGUAUGACAGCAAGAAUCAACUGAUAUGUAUUAACCCAUAUCAUUACCAAAGAAUCGAGCCUCAGGUAUCCAACAUAAAUUGUUUACAAUAA